UUGCAAAUCCCAAAUUUAGAAGGGGUUUAUUCAGGGGUUCUCCAUCAUUUUCCACUUAACCAGCCACCCUCUACUCGCUCCUACACGCUUUUGCUUAUUCUAACCCUUCUCCCUCUCUCAAGCAUGAGCUUAGCUUCCACUCCACACCACCAGCCAUGACUCGACCACCGCAACCUCACCCCCCAAAGCACCACCACCCUUCCUGCCACCGUCACCCUUCCAAACCCAUUACUGGAUUCUGCGCCUCCUGUCUCCGAGAACGCCUCGCCGGCAUCGACCCUGACACCCACCAAGAAACCCCCGUGACCCAUCUUGCCGCCGAACUCCGUCGUAGCAAAUCCUACUCCAGCACCACCACAAGAAACAACCCCAACAAUAACAAUGCCGCCGCCACUGCCACCACCUCUGAGCCCCGCCGCAAAUCAUGCGACGUUGGACCAUUUCGUAACACUCUCUCUGAUCUCUUCCACGUCGAUGAUAAAAGAAGAAGCUCCUCGAUUGAAAAGACAAAGGGUUUUGAUUCAGGGCUUGAAUUAAAAGAAGAGGAGAAUUUAGGAGAGAUUAGGGUUUCUGCGCAGGAUGCGAAUAACAGUGAAGGGAAUGUGGAGGAUCUUGAAGAGGAUGGAGAGUUAAAAACAAUGAAAGAGUUUAUAGACCUUGAAUGGGAGAGAAAGAAAACUGGAGGGAGAGAUCUCAAGGACAUUGCGGGGAGUUUUUGGGAGGUGGCUUCAGUGUUUAGUAAGAAAUUAGGGAAAUGGCAGCGAAAACAUAAAAGGAAGGAGAAGAUAGAUGGUGGAAAUCUUGGUGGUUUGGUGAAAAAUGAGAAGUUGAGUGUCAGGAAAUUGAGAGAGACGCAAUCAGAGAUUGGAGAGUAUGGAUUUGGGAGGAGAUCUUGCGACACUGAUCCAAGAUUAUCCAUGGAUGUGGCACGGUUGUCUGUUGAUGAUUCUCACUAUUCGUUCAAUGAGCCUAGGGCUUCUUGGGAUGGAAACUUAAUUGGUAAAACUUAUCCGAGGCUAACUCCAUUGGUUUCGGUUAUGGAGGAUGUCAAGUUGCCUAGUGGCGGUGUUGAGAAUGCAAAGGAGAAUGAUAGUCUGAAGAAUGAAGGGGAAAGUAGUCCUGGAGGUACGAUGGUAACUAUGAAUUAUUAUUCAGAUAGGAGGAGGAAGAGUUUUGAUCGUUCCGGAUCUAAUAGGAGAGUGGGGCUAGGGGAUGAAGAGCUUAAAUCAAUGUCGAAUGCCAAGGUGUCUCCUGAAACAGUUGGGUUAUUCCAUGGGGCAAAGUUGUUGGUCACAGAGAAAGAAUUGAGGGACUCAAAGUGGUACUCUCUCAAAGAUCACCGUAAGGAGAAUGUGGAUGCCGUUUCCAAAUCUGUUAGUUCUUUUACUGGUGGCGGGGUUAGUAAGAAGGGUUUCAAAUUCAAGAAGUCGCAUAAGUGGUAUGGCGUGUGGAAUAUUUGGGGUUUGAUGCAGAGGAGUAGUCAGAGCAAAUGUGGAGAUGAGGAGAGCCGAGUUAGUGGACAUGCGGUUGAUGAGCCAAUACCAGAGAAUUUGAGUGGUGUGGCCGAUGGAGAAGCAAACAGUAUUGGGAGCCCGAAGCUUAUUCGGAGCUAUACUGUGAGUGCAAGGGAUUCCUGCCAGAUGGCUUGCAGUACAAAUGGUGCUGAGAGUAAAGCGAAUGGCAUCAAGAGAGGGGAAGAGCUUUUGCUGCAGCGGAACCGGAGUACCAGGUAUUCUCCAAACAACCUUGAUAAUGGCCUGUUACGGUUCUACCUGUCACCAUUAAGGAGUUAUGGAAGAAGCAAAUCUGGAAAGAGUAGGCUAAAGAACACAAAUUCCAUGUCAAGGAAUGUUUUGUAAAGGUGCAUCAAUUGUUUCAAAGAAAUCUGUUGCUGUAAAGACACGAGUUAAUGCGAUUCUCCCUGUUCAAUAGAUAAAAAGACAACAUAUUUGUCACCUGUUCUCUGCUGAAAACGUGUUUCUGAUAAUGCAGCAAUGAUAAUCAGAAAAAUCUUUGUUUCCAUUUAGAUUAUGUUCAAGAAUGGUGCUUGUUUCUUUUUGUGAUAUAUUCAUGUGGAACUGAAGUGUUCCUGAAACUUGUUACUAAUCACUCCCUCUCUAUAGUAAAGUAGGCUCUGAGCCUUGGAAAUGCAGUUGCCUGUCUAGAAAGAUUGCGGGUGACUUUUGGAUGAAUGGAAGCAUUAUUACAGACAGGGAUGCAAGCAAAUUAACGUAUCUGGCACAAGGCUUGGGUCAAGUUAACUUGAUCCUCGACCACUGUUACUAGUAGUACUAUAAUUAGAGAAAGGAAUCCAGUUUUACAUGUUUCAGAGUGUUAGACCAUGUGGUUUUUGCUAGUUGAGAUUUGAAAAACUCAGCGGAAAGAGUCUGCACUGAUCACUGGCCUCCAUUGUCUUAUUAUUACCAGAUUAAAUCUCUACAGUGAAAUCAGUGUCAAAGCUCUCCUUGCGUAGCUGUGAAUUUGUAACGCUCUUAUCUAUGUAAGUGCAAUACAUUUGAUGCACUUAAAGAAGAUUUCUGGUGCUUAGAUGUCUUGCUCUUCACUACGUGGGAUUGUGCUUCACGUGUAUAGCUGCAGGUUGCCGGUAGAAGAUCUUGCUUUUUAGCUUUUUGGUGCAGGGGAAGAUGCUUUCGCAUAAAGGAUCCAAAAUUACUUCUGUGUCCUACCAAAUGCUGCCAAAACACAAACCACUUUGUUAUAUCCUAGUCCACUCACUUUUUCUGAUAAAAAAUAAAUAAAUUAAAAACGGACAUGACUUUUGUUGACUGUGAUGCUCUCUCAAUAUUCUAGAACUCUUGCUGCACACUUUUUAGACAUUUAUCCAGUCGGCUGGACUGGUAACUGAAGUCUUCCAACUUCCUUGUUGAUAGUGGAUGGGAUGGCUGGUGCGGUUGCUUCACUCGGGCAGCAGCUUCAAUCCUAUACCGGAAGGUUGUAAGAUCAGAUGCGUUGAUUAGGUUAAAUCCCCCUCAUCUCUACCUUGUACCGCGGCUGCUAAACGGUAAGCUUUUGUGGGGCUGCGUAUCCAACCCAGGCACCUUGUUACAGGUUUCCAGUAAUUGCUUCUCUGAUGAGUCAUCAUGUUCAGCGGACAGAAUUGAUUGGUGGGAUCCUGUCGGGGUUUUUAGUAGGAUUCCCCAAUUUCUGCCGAGCAACGCCUGGGCCCUGGAGACUUGAACGGUAGUGUCUUAUGCCUGCGUCCCAGCGAGUGCCCCUGACUGACGAGGACCUACUGCUUCCCGUCGCUAUAUAGCCACAUAAUUCAACGCAACCACCGUCAUCAUUAGUUUGAUAGUGGUCAAGCAAUUUCUUGCACAAGUUGUUCCCCCAUCUCAACCCUUGAAAAGGCUAAAAGAUUGUCCUCAACCAGAGGUGAUAAAUAGCAGAAGUUAGUGUUUGAGUUUAAAA